UUACUAAACUCAAAGCAGACAGCUUCGAGCAGAACCGUCCGCAUCUUGUCUUGAAUUGAAUAUUGAAUGUGUGUCUUGUCUCUGUGUUAUUUGAACGAAACUGCCCUGUUUCACCGAAUUAAAGGUUCAGGUGCAUGGCGUAACACCUGCCUCCCAGUGCGGCCGCUGGGCGCCGGGGCCUGCACCCCCGCCCGCGGGCCCUGCCAUUGGCCCUGCCAUUGGCCCUGCCAUUGGCCCUGCCCCCACCCCCUCGUUGAUUCGGAAGGCGGUCGUCGCGGUCUUCCCGGCCUUUCCCCCGACGCCGAAGACCUCGCUCCGACAAGAUGCUGAUCAAGGAGUACCGGAUCCCGCUGCCGCUCACGGUGGACGAGUACCGAAUCGCCCAGCUCUACAUGAUAGCCAAAAAAAGUAGAGAUGAAAGUAAAGGCACUGGAAGUGGCGUGGAAAUUCUGGUGAAUGAACCAUAUGAGGGUGGGCCAGGAGGCACCGGGCAGUACACUCACAAAGUCUACCAUGUGGGCAGUCACUUACCUGGUUGGUUUAAGAGCUUGCUCCCCAAAUCAGCCCUUACUGUGGAAGAGGAGGCUUGGAAUGCCUACCCUUACACUAAAACACGGUACACAUGUCCCUUUGUUGAGAAGUUCUCAUUGGAAAUUGAAACUAGGUACUUCCCAGACAAUGGCUACCAAGAAAAUGUAUUUCAGCUACAGGGUAGUGAUCUCCGAAACCGCAUUGUUGAUGUUAUUGAUGUAGUACGAGACCAACUGAGUGAAUAUGUGCCUCAAGAAGACCCCAAGCAAUAUGUAUCUCAAAAAACUGGGCGAGGCCCUCUCACAGAUAACUGGCUUGAUGAGUAUUGGGAUGAAUGCAAGAGCAAGACGAUGCCCACUCCAAGUGGCAAAGCCCUUAUGUGUGCCUACAAGCUGUGUCGAGUUGAGUUUCGUUAUUGGGGUAUGCAGACUAAACUAGAAAAGUUUAUUCAUGAUGUUGCUUUAAGAAAAACAAUGUUGAGAGCUCACAUUCAAGCCUGGGUAUGGCAGGAUGAGUGGGUUGGAUUGACCAUGGAUGAUAUCCGGAGGAUUGAGCAAGAAACUCAGGAGUUAUUAAAGAAAACAAUGGCUCAAGAUGGUCAAGGUGCACUUAGUGAUUCCCCUAGUCAAGAAACAAAUCUCGCAGCUGCCGCUUCUGGUGGACCUCAGAGUAGCGGCGCAGCGACACCCUCGGAACCCUCUUCAUCGGCUCAGAAGACAUUAGCAGCUACACUUGGAAGCAUAGAGAAAAAUGACCAGGACCAAAUCUUGACUCCAGUUUCUGUGAAGAAGAAAACUGAGCGCCCUCCUGACAUUCAAACUGGUGCUUGCAGCUCUGAUGAAAGUGACUCUCCUACAAAGCCUCGCCAAGAAGACAACGACUCAAGAAGGAAGGUGUGGAUUGGCACAGAUGUUGCCUCUGCUGCCUCCUGGCGAAUGAAGAGUAUAGUUCGUGAUUCUGAUUCUGAAAGUGAUGAUGAAUAUUUUGAUUGUCAAGGAUCACAUUCAAUAUCAGAAGAUGCUGAAGUGGAAGCUAUGGCAAAAUGGAGCUCUAUGGAGCUUUUAAAUGAGGAAAAUAUCGAAGGACCAAACACCAGCAACGCCAGGGAUAAAAAUGAUAGCAUAUUUUCUCAUACAUACCUUCAAAGAGUUGUUAGUGAGCGUACCAAAGCUGGUGGCCGAGGAAGGAUGUUACCCUAUGCAGGCCGCAGCAGUAUCGAGGUUGAUGCAUCUUCUUGCCCUGGCUCGCCAACUAUGUCUUUAUUGACAGGCCAGCAGCCAUCCUGCCCUACUUCCGUCCUCCUACUUGUUCUCCAUGCGGGCAGUGUUCUGGAUGCCAAUACAGAACUUUCUGCUAAAAAAUCAGACAUAACUACAUUCCGAGGGUCUUUUGAAUGUGUUAUGCGACAACAUUACCCAUCCAUGGUAGGACAUGUAGCAAUCAAACUAGUCAGUUGUCCAUCUGUUUGCACCGAAGGGCUAGGAAUACUGUCAAGUCUGAACCCAUACAGUUUUGAUGUUUCCCCCUCAUGCUUGGACGCUCCCCAAGUCACACAUGAUUCCAUUCCUAUUGGUUCAAUACCACUUUUAGCCACUGCCAAUGUAACUGAAUAUCAGGAUGCAGUCUCCCGAGCUGUGACAAGUGCCAACAAUGUUUACCACGAAUUUUUAAAGUCAGAGGAAGGUCUUGGCUUUAAUGGACAAAUUUGCAUUAUUGGGGAUUCCAUGGGCUCAGUACUAGCUUAUGAUGCGUUAUGCCGUUCUGGAAGACAUGACUUAGACAAUGAUCUAGAUGAUCACGAUCGUGGUCGUUGUGAUGUGGGAGAUGAGACUUAUCUAUCAGCCAGCCGACUCCUCAGUGCUCCCAGUGGUAAUAGACGAAGAUCAUCUUCCACCAGUGAUCACUCUCAGCAAGUGAAACUCGAUUUUGAAGUGAGUGAGCUUUUUAUGUUUGGAAGUCCAUUGGCUCUGGUUUUAGCCUACAGAAAAAUAUCUGUAAUAGAUGAGAAAAAUGCCCCAAUUCAUCGGCCUGGGUGCCAACAAGUCUACAAUCUAUUUCAUCCGACUGACCCAGUGGCGGCUCGAAUUGAACCUCUACUUUCUGCACGCUUUUCCAUGUUGCCACCAAUCAACAUUCCACGCUACCAGAAGUACCCCCUUGGAAAUGGACAGCCUUACCAUUUGUUGGAAAUCAUCCAGGCAAACCCGCAGAUUUUCUCUGAUGGUCUCAGUGUUGCUACUCCUGCCUCUCACUUACGACGUAUGUCUGAAAUCAGCAUCCAAAGCACUGUCUCUGGUGUCAUAGACUCUCUACCCCUACACACCAUCAAUGCCUUGACCCAGAAAUGGUGGGGCAAUAAAAGAUUGGACUAUGCUUUGUACUGCCCUGAUGGCCUAUCCAACUUCCCUACAAAUGCACUUCCUCACUUGUUCCAUGCAAGUUAUUGGGAGUCUUCCGAUGUGAUUGCUUUCAUUUUGCGCCAGUUGGGACGAUUUGAACUUCUUCAAGCUUUGGGUCACGAUGAUAAAGAUCUUGUGGCAUUUAGUCCAAACCAACCUCGUGAAAAGUGGAUUAGGAAAAGGACAUCUGUCAAGCUGAAGAAUGUGUCACCAAAUCAUCGUGCCAAUGAUGUUAUUGUCAAAGAGGGAAAACCUCAAGUACUAUUGGCCCGCUUUAUGUAUGGACCUCUUGACAUGAUAACUUUACAUGGAGAAAAAAUAGACAUUCAUAUUAUGAAAGAUGCCCCUGCUGGAGAGUGGCAGUUAUUAUCAACUGAAGUUACUGAUAAAAAUGGUAGGGUAUCAUAUACUAUUCCUAGUGACAAGUCUUUGGGGUAUGGUAUAUACCCAAUCAAAAUGGUUGUAAGAGGAGAUCACACAUCAGCAGACUUCUACAUGGCAGUUGUUCCACCCAAGACUGAAUGCAUUGUUUUCAGUAUUGAUGGUUCAUUCACUGCCAGUAUGUCAGUAACAGGGAGAGAUCCGAAAGUGCGAGCUGGAGCUGUUGAUGUUGUCAGGCACUGGCAAGAGCUGGGCUAUUUGAUCAUAUAUGUUACUGGGAGGCCAGAUAUGCAACAACAGAAGGUUGUAUCAUGGCUGUCCCAACACAAUUUCCCUCACGGAUUGGUGUCCUUUGCUGACGGCUUAUCCACUGAUCCUCUUCGACACAAAACAACGUACCUGCAAGCGCUGCAAGAGGCUCAUGAUGUACUAAUUCACUCUGCUUAUGGAAGUAGUAAGGACAUUGCAGUGUACAGAUCGCUGGAUCCUAUUCCAAGGCAGAUUUAUAUUAUUGGAAAAGUGUCGAAAAAGCACCAGUCACAAGCUACUAUAUUAUCCGAGGGAUAUGCUGCCCAUCUUGCCCAACUUGUCGCUCCUGGAGGCUCUCGUCCUGCACAGGGCAACGCUCGCAUGGUUAUUCCAAGAGGCUAUUUUGGAUUGCCUGGACACAACGUUUCCCUGAGAAGGAGGAGGAAUGCAGCUAAGCGAACAAAAUCCUUCCCAGUUAUGGGCCACAGCCAGGACUUAAGUGGAGUUCCAAGUCGAGGCAUUCGAGGCAGUUCAGCACCACACUCAGCAACAGGCGUUGCACCAUCUAGCAUUCCUCCACAGACACCCCCUGCAAGCGCUGGAGUGUCUGAGAAACUGUGACGAAGUAUGUCUCGCUGCUCCUGCUUUUUUAGCUCCAAGGACUCCACAACAUCUGGAGAAGACAAUUUGCCAUCACCUAAGUAGACUUUCCAACCCCAAGCAGUUCAAAACUCUCUAGAAUUUGUGUGUUGGAAGGGAAGAUAUAGUUGAGUUGGAGCUAAACAAGGAUGGAAGAUGGUGCAGCGGUGUAAAGCACAGUAUUUCUCUUAUUCAAGAUUGCGUCUGGGUGAACCUCUUUGUAGUCCCUGGCACAGAUUUUGUUUUCAUAGAUGUUGUAUGUUAUUCAACUAAAUUACAGUAAUAUCUGCUUUGGAGAAUCAUAUGUUGUAUUUUUUAGGAAACUUGUAGGCUCAGUGGUUCAGGUCUUUUGUUUUUCUUGAUGUGAAAGUAAUCAAUUACUGUGUGCUAUAAACCAGAUGAUUACAUUUUAAAAAUGUUGCUGCCUUUCCAGUUUUACUGUGUUUGUCAAGGAAACCUGAAAAAUAAGAAAGAGUAACACAGGAAAUGUUUGUGCAAAACAUGUACUGCCAUUGGCACGCACAUUAACUAUUCUAUCAUGAGGCUGAAUUAAUGCUCUCAGAUUUGCUUUGGCUUCAUUAGUCAUAGAUGCAUUUGUUUGAGGUUUGAAGUGGCUCUUUAUUUUCUCUCUGUGGGAUCUAAUUUUUCCCUACCCCUGAAAAGAACAAACAAUAUAUGUGUGUAAUUAUUACAGUGCUGUCAAUUCUUGUUUUUUUUUUUUUUGUUCUUUUUUGUCUUCUUGUAAAUUUGCAUCUCCUGAAAAGUAGCAGUAUUUGGCUGUAGAUGUCUUAGAUUGUCUAUUUUGCCAUCGAAUUUCUCAUGGUUCGGGACAUAGUUGUGAUUGACUCAUUCUGGAAAGAAAUGUUGUUUCUACUCAAGCUGCUCCCAUGCUCCUCUACACAUAUCAUGUUAGAAAGUAAGACCUUAGAGAUAAAUUUAUUCAAUAUAUUCUGUGUUACAAGUUUAAGAUAUUCCUUUCUCAAUUGACGGAACUGUUUAACUGCAUUGUGUAAAUCCUUGUACAGUAAUGGAGAUUUAGACAAAUUCCUUUGCUUUGCCACCAUAUAUCCCAAUGUUGUCUGAGACUGCAGCAUUUCCAGUAAUAGUACAAGCAUACUGGUGAUAAUAAUUCUUUUAAAAGUUAAAUUGCAUAAAUACUUGCAUUAUUGUGUGGUAUUUGUUACUUUCAAAAUGAAAAGGCUGUGUAUGUCAUUGCUGUCAUUAGUUUCAUUUUUCUUUUUUAACCUAAGACUUUAUCUGAACACCUACCGCAGCUUUAAGUUCAGUGAGGAAGUUACAUCAGAGUAUUCUUGAUUCUUUUGCACCUUGGUGUUUUGUUGCUGUUGAUUCUCUGUAGUAUACAGUAUAAAAGUUUAUUUUUGUUGAUUGUUGAAAAUUGAAGAACUUAUGUCUUCUUAAUAGAACAACAUCAAAUUGUUACCAUUUUAUUUUGAUUGAAUCUUAGACAGGGUUCAUUUGUAGACAUCAAAACCAAAUUGUCUUCAUUCUCUUUUAAUUAUUCCGCCCAAGGGAUGAAUGUGUUACAAUACUUCUUCUUUUAGAGUGUGCCUUGAGUGAAUGAUGAUUUUGUGUGUCUGUUAUUUUUAUUAUAAAUGUGUUUGUUUUAAUACUGGUUAGUUGUCUAAGAAGACUUCAAAAUAACAUUCAAUUUCCAGCCCAGAUCAGUAGCCCCUCAUCAGACAUUUUAUGCUUUUUACAAGCAGAACUGUCCUUUGUGCUCUUUGGUGUGAAAUCGUGUGAGAUGUAUACUUGUGUGUUUAAGUAAUUUGUAAUUUUAAUCCACCAAUAAGGGAGGUGUUACAUUCAGACCAAUCAUUCAUUGGCCUUAACCAAAGCUUUUCAUGAAGAAAUGUGCACGUUUAACCAGGUUUUCAUGACUUUGAAAUGUUCAGGUCUAAAAAAUGAAUCAAAAUGGAAACAUUUAAACUCAUAUUUCAGUCAUUGGCUCUUCUUCAUGGUGGCUCCAGUAUCACUACUAGCAUUAAUUAACUUUAAUUAAAAAAGGUUAUUAACUAAUUUUUAUGCCUGCUAAGAGUAUUUUUCUACUGUCGCUACUUUUUCUGUGCUUUGCUUCUUUGAGAUCCAUGAUCAAUGGUCAGCCUUGUGAUCAUGAAAUUGCUUUGAAUGUGCAAUGGCUGAUUUGAAUUUUCUCUGUAGGAAAUUCUAUUAAAUUAAGAGUUGUUUUUACUAUGUAAUUUGGUGAAACAUAAGCCACAAGCAAAAAAGUUGUUCAAUAGCUGCUGUUCAGGGCCAUGAAAUUUAUAUUUUGUUUCACCACUGACUUUAAAUAUGGAGGUGAACUUGAAACUACUGUCAUUAUAUAAUGUAAGGUGUUGUGGGUGUGGUGAGCUAUUACGCUUAUUGAUAUAUAGUUUAUGUGUUAUAGAAAAUUGUAACAAUAAUUUUUUUUUAUCCUUCAGCUAAGUUUAUUGCUGUUAUAUAUUGGUUGUAUGAAAAUGUGUUAUGUUGCUCCUGCCCAACUUUUUGUCUUAUUGAUGUUUGUUUAGAUAUAAUCCUUACGAAUGAAUGGAUAUUUUUGCAUUGGUGUUGUUGAGUUUCUUGCAAAUCGUCAGAGGAUGGGAAGAAGUAUGUGAUAGAAUGGAGAAGGGUUUUCGUAUUGAGCCGUGUUAGUUGCUCAACAAGGCAUGUGUCGGUCCUUCUGCUCCUCUUCUCCUGUUUUCCUAAUGAGCUUCAUGACUCAGAAAUUGAGCAAUAAGGUUUUGUUACUCUGGCUAUUUUUAUUUUUUCCUAUAUGAGUCUGCCCCCAUUCCUUCCCCCUUCCUCCCCGCCCCCUCCUUUUCCCCCACAGUACUUGAAUGCGUUUUUCAUAGCAGAGAUCCUGCUGUUGUUAUGGUAAGAUUGAUUUGUGCCACAUUUCCCUUUGGAAAAGUAUACUCUUGUUUAAGCAAGUUGCUGUUAGUUCGUGUACAGUAAAAGAUGACAUUAGUUUUCUUUAAAGUUGAAGAGGUGUUCAUAGAAGCUCUAAAGGACAUUUCCAUAUUAGAUGUAGUGCUCUUGUCAUAGAGCAGUAUGAGGCAAAAUUAACCCUUUUCUUUUGUAUUUUUGUGAGAUGAUAGCUGGUAGCUAUAAUAAAUGGUUAUGUUCUCUUAACUUUUAGGAACUUGGAGACAUAAACUAAGUGUUCUCAUGUUUCUCUGACAUUUGUAGGCUCAGCAGGACCCAGCCUCUAACUUUAUUUUGCCUUUCAAAUUGAGUUGUGAUUAUUUUAACAGUCUGAGAUUUUUUUAUUCUCAUGUUAAAGUCAUUGACUAUCUAAAUAUAAUUAUGAUGGAAUGGGACUGAAAUCAGCAUGCGAAUGUAGUAUGUAAAUUACUGCCUCCAUUCUUUUCCUCUCUCUUAAUUUUUAUUUUUUAUUUUUUUAUUUUUAUUUUGUUUUUCUUACAUUCAGUACAUUUGGUAAAAUUUGCCCCUCAUUUAAAACAACUCAGUAUUCAUGACAAUCGUUUUAUUUGCCUAGGACAAAAUAUUUACCUUCUGCUGUAUUUUCUUUCUAUAAUCUACUGUGGAUCCCUGCCCAAAAGGGCACUGACAGGCUUAUCUGGUUUGGUGUAAGUGUUGUGCCUUUUGGUUUCUUUCUUCCUUAUGACUAAACUUUGCCUGAUUUCAUUCUACCCUCAUCCUUCUAUAUUCCCUUGUAGUCAUUAUUAAUAAGUGUGGCAGAUCUCUAUCUAUCCCUCCAGAUCAUUCAUUGUAGUUAGUAGGAUUUUAAAAGAAUAUCUCUCAAUCUGACAUUUGUGUUUUUCAGUUGUUAACAAUAAUACUUUUGUGAUCCCUGCAUGUAAGGUACAUAGUCUAAUAUGUUUGUUGCGAAAUCACUGUGAUUGUCUUUAUAAAAUCCCGUCUAAAGUAUAAUGUUACCCAUUUCUAGCUAGAACAAUUGAUGUGAGUGAAUCCUAAUCUAAAAGAAUUAGAUUAGCCUCUCGGAUUGUCCAUGGCAUGUUCUGUUAUUUUAAGGAAAGAUAAUUAUUAGAUCCUUCUUGAUUUGGAGGGUUGUGUUCCAUUUUUAUAGUUGCUAUGCCCCUGUGUACCGUUCCAUGCAUUUAAAAAUCUAGCUUUUACAUAGAGUUUUAAAACUGUUUAUCUGUGUGAAAGAGUGCACGCAUGAACUUCAGGAAAUAUUACUGUAAAUGUCGUAACUGUACAUAAUUACAAACAUGUGUAUGAACUUA